GCUGUAACACGCUGAAAUGACAAAAAAAGGUUGUUUUGAGAUAACCUAGGCUUCCAGAUGGUUUUUAAAUAAUUUGUCGAUGAUUGUUUAUUUAAUUUUUAUCUGUUACAUUAUAUUUAAACAAUUUAUACUUAAGUUUAUUAAUGAAAUGGGUUGUUAGCGGCGAAAAUGAUCUAUAUUCAAGAUUACAGUUACAUUUUGGAAAUACACGCACUUUUCCAGUAAUUAGUAUUUGAAGUGCAAUGGAAAUUGUUAAAAAAAGUAAAAAAUUUAAAAAAAGGCGUCACCGUAAUAGCGAUAAAAAAGACGAGUCAGUGAAUGAAACAAAGUGUGAAGAUAAUGCCGAAGUAAAUGAAAAAUCCGAGGUAAAAAUCAAUGUACAUCCAAGCGCUGCUGCGAGGCGGAAUGAGGUCGUUCAAACCGACAUAUCAACAAUCUUUGAAAGCAAAGAACUUUUAACAGAAAAGGAUGAGCAAAUUAAAACUUUGACCGAACGACUUCAGCAAAUUACUAACAAGCUUUACGAGUCAAAAAAUGCAUAUACUUUCCUAAAGCAAGACUUUAACAAAGCCCAAAAGUUAUUGUGUAGCGAGGUCGGAGAAAAUGUGACGGUAGCUACGUUAUCAAGCCAACCUGGUGGAUGGCGUGGCAGAGCCGAACAGAUACACCAGUUGCAGCAAAAAGUUUCCGAGCUUCAACUUAAACUUUCCGAGAACGAUGCGACGAGAAAAAAAUCUUUAGAGCGAAGAAGUUCGUCGAGCAUUCGUAUCUUCGACAAAGAAAGAAAACAGCAGAUAGAAAAUUUGACUAAGGAACUGAAAGAAACCGAGACUAUGGUGGAGAGCACAAAAAAGAAACUUGAGGCGGCCAGGGCUAGAACAGCAGUUUUGGAAAAUGAUUUGAAUACGUCCAAGAGGACUAUAGCGCUUUUGAAUGAAAAGACAACGCACGACAAUCAGCUUAUUGAACUUCUACAUGAGCAAUUGAAAACGGCUGAGACUAAGUUUCAAAACCGCGAGGUAGACAUUAAAAAGCAAAACGAAAAGAUCGAAAGGGAAAUCGUUCUACUGAAGGGUGAGCUAGAAGCCUCGCACAUUUACAUUCAGAAUUUUAAACGACAAAUCGACGAAAAGGAGAAGGAGCUGCAAACCCUCAGAUCUAGAUACGAGUCUCAUAAAGAUCAAAGCGGUCUUCAGCCUUUGCGAGUCGGCGGCUUUCGCGAGAGCCCAUUGUAUAGUCCGAGGAGUUACACCAGAGAUGCAAACGAGUACAUAGCCAUUGCGGUUGCUGCCGAAGCCGAAAGAGAAAGAUUGAUGGAAUUAGUAGCAGUUUUGAAUCGAAGAUUAGAUAAGGAAAGAAAUGACUUUGAACAAUUAUCCGAUUCCUUUAGAAAAGAGCGAAGCAGGGCUGCGAAACUAGAAACGAAGUUACAGAAGAUGGAACUCGAACGAGCAGGUUUAUCAAAAGUUAACACGGGAUAUUACAGACAGAGAGCUCGCAAACCUAUUCCUACAACAAAUUACACUGCUGAAGAUAUAGAGGAGCUUCGAUUGACGUACGAAUUGUUGCAAGAAGAAUGUUUGACCCUCAAAACGCGUCUGGAAACAAUGCAAAAGGACAAAGCUUCGGAUCUCGCAGCUUUCAAAAACAUGCUCGAACAAACGAGAAAAAUUUUCAAAGAUGCGUACAGAGGAAAAAUGUCUACAGCCGGAUUACAUUCGACAAUGACGAUUUAGAACUGAAAAAUAAGUGCAUCUACGGAAGAUGACGAAUACCUUAAACUUCGAAGCGUAUGAUUCGACAGUACUUGAAGAAUGAAUCCCCCUCAAACGCAGACAACUGAAUGAAUCAUUUCUCUGAAAUGAAAUUAAAAAAUGUACAACAUCCUACUGAUACGGUUUAUAGCGUAUGAUUAGUAAUAUAAAUCCGAGCAAGCGAGACACUU